AUCCAAAUCAUCGGAUCGGGUGCAUGCCGCUUUCAUGGAGCGGAGUCACUUGCUGUCAGAGUUUAGACGCACCAGACCAGCAAGAGCUCCCGGGCUUCGCGCAGUGGUGCAAGGAAAAUCCUUACUUCAUCCCUUUGUGUUCAGGUGCGUUUGCUGGAGUAGCAUCCGAAACGCUGCUGUUCCCGUUGGACUGUCUCAAGACUCGCCUUCAAAGUCGGCACGGUUUCAUCGAGUCCGGAGGUUUUCGGAACAUCUAUCGAGGAGUUUUCAUUUCGAUAACUGCUGCAGCUCCCGCCUCCGCAAUUUUCUUCUCAACAUAUGAGACAACAAAAAAGGCGCUGAUGCCUUUUGACAAGAGCAAUUCUGUCCUGGCCUACUGCGGCAUCGGCUUGGUGGCCUCCAUCCUGGGUGAACUGGCCGCGGGCAUCUGGCGUGUCCCGGUGGAUUUGGUGAAGCAACGGCAGCAAGCGGGCGGUGGGCAGCGCUUGGGCGCCGUGGUGCAGGGCGUGGUGAGCACACAGGGCUCCAUCUUUGUGGCGUCCUUGCAGGCAUCACUGCUGAGGGAUGUGACCCACAGCAGCUUGCAGUUUCCCAUGUAUGAAUACUUAAAGCUGGUAUGUGCCAAUCUCAACGAGAUCUCAAAGGACUCUUUGCCCACUUGGCAGGCUGCGUCUUGUGGGACAGUGGCCGGAGUCAUCUCUGCCUUUCUGUCCACUCCUUUAGAUGUGCUGCGGACUCGUCUGAACCUCCGCGAGGAUCACCUCUGCCCGAAGACCCAGCACCCGCGGCCGCCUCCGAAGAAGGCCUCACAGCUGCUGAAGGAGGAGGCGCUGUUGGUCUACAAAGGCCGCGGCCUCAUGGGUUUCUUCGCAGGAUGCACUUGCCGUGCUGCCUGGAUGGGCUUGGGAGGCUUCAUCUUCCUCGGCUCCUUUGAGUUGGCCAAGAAACAUUUGCAGGUGGUUGACUCUCAACAGGAGCAGGUCAAGCCCAAGGCCAUGCCCGUCCCGGCCGUGCCCGAGCCGCGCCCGGCGACAGUGAUCCUGGCAGCGGCGCCUGCAGUGCCGGCUGUGCCAAAGAGCUCCCAAAAUGACCGACAGCUGCGACAGCUGGGCUCCGAGCCGCCGGUCUUGGUGUCCUUCUCGGCUGGGCUGUUGGCCGGGAUUGCAGUGGAUGUGCCCUUGCAUCCACUGGAUACGCUGAAGACUCGGGUGCAAUCCCGGGAGGGGUUUUGGCCAGCAGGUGGCUAUCGCCACCUUUGGAGCGGGUUGAGUGCCGUUUUGGCGGUGUCUUUGCCUGGCAGUGCGCUCUUCUUCGUGGUUUAUGAGUCGUCGCGACAUUUCCUUGAAAGACGGAUCCCAGCCACCCAACACGACAAGUACAAAGCCAUGUCCCGCGAUGCAGUUGCGGCCUCGGUCGCGGAUGUCAGCGCCUGUGUGGUGCGCGUGCCCUGCGAAGUGCUGAAGCAGCGCAUGCAAGCACUUGGUCCCUGUGGAGUGUCGCUCAGUUUCACGCAAACCGUGUCAAAGGUCUGGGCCGAGGGUGUCAAAGGAUUUUUCGCUGGCUUCGCAGCUACUGCGAUGCGUGAAGUGCCGUUUGCACUGAUCCAGAUGCCACUUUUCGAGGAGUUAAAACACAAUCACCCCUGGGCUGCACGAGCGCAUGCGGAAGACAACAAGCAACGGCAAGGUCUUAUUGGCAUGCAUUGUGGCUUUGUGGCUGGUAGCUUUGCUGGUCUGGCGACGACGCCCUUGGAUGCAGCCAAGACUCGCAUCAUGCUGACGGAAGACCCGAGGGCUCGCCUCGGGCUGUGGCGAACGCUGGGUGUCAUGAGCAAGGAGUGUGGCAUGAUGGGACUCUUCAAGGGAGCGCUCCCUCGAGGCCUGCACUCAGGCUUGGGGGGCGCCCUAUGGCUGGGCGCCUUUGAAUGGACCAAGCUCUUGCUGUGGCCCAGUGAGGACGGGCGCAGUGAGCGCAACGAUCGCGCCACCACGGCGCUGUUGCAGGGGAACAUCUUCCAGGGAACCUGAGGUUUUCUGGCUGA